GUGAUAGUGAGUGAUGAAGAUUUCUGGACGGUCAAUCAAACGACGCGAAUCCAUCUCGAGGGAGCUGCCGACAGCAUACACAUGGGGGCACCUCGGCAUGAACACAAUGGACGGGAGAAGGUCAAGGUGUUCCUCUUGACCUUCUUCAGCUACGUGAUGCUGCAUGUAUCGCGCAAGUCGUUCUCGGCCAUCAAGGGCGAGAUGAGCAAGGAGCUGUUUAUGGAAUCCGCGCUCAUUCCAUCCACAGAGCAAGGCAAGAUGUAUGGCCUCAUGGACACGCUCUUCAUGGCGUUCUAUGCGUGUGGGCUUUACGUCAGCGGCAUCAUUGGCGACCGCUUCGACCUGCGGAAGCUCCUCUCGGGCGGUAUGUUCAUCACGGCCGCGAUCAUGUGUGUGUUUGGCGUGUCUGCAUUCCUCGACAUUCGGUCGCUGGGGCUGUACGCGUUUCUAUGGGCGUUGAACGGCCUCGUCCAGUCCAUUGGGUGGCCCGUGAACGUUGCUGUCAUGGGCAAUUGGUUUGAUAAGCAAGAGCGUGGCGCUAUCAUGGGUUUAUGGAGUGCCAACGCUUCAUUUGGCAAUAUUGUGGGCACUGCCGUGGUCGCUCUGCUGUACAUUGCUGUGCCUUCAAAGGUCAUUGCGUGGAAGUCGGCGGUGCUGGUCGCGGGCGGGCUCGUCGCCGUACAAGGGUGGCUCGUCUAUGCCUUUUUAAAGCCAGCGCCGAAAUCGGCCAAUCACGACGCAGAAGAAGCGCUGCUUGGGUCGGCUCGUACAGACGACAGUCAUGUGAUGACGUCGCCGGCGUCAUCAGCGAACCCUCCUCAUCGUGGAAAGCAAGGCAUUUCAUUUUGGCGGGCGUGGCAAAUUCCAGGGGUCCUCCCGUAUGCAUUGGCGUAUGCGUGUUUAAAGUCGUUGAAUUACGCUCUCUUCUUUUGGCUCCCAUUCUACUUGACUAUCAGCCUCGGGAUGGACGAUGCCAAGGCCGACAUGUAUUCGAUGUUGUACGACGCUGGCCAGAUCGCUGGCGGGUUUCUUGGCGGAUACGUCACCGACAAAGCCGGGAUUCGGUCGCCGAUUGUGUUUGCCAUGAUUGGCGCGGCCACGAGCUUGCUGCACUUGUUUGACGGGGCAUCCCACGCUCAAACCACCGCGCUGCUCUUGGCCACCGGAUUUCUGCUCGGCGGACCCGCCAACUUGAUCAGUACGGCCAUCUCGGCCGACUUGGGGUCCCACGACAGCCUCCGGGAGGACACAGCGGCUCUCGCUACCGUCACGGGCAUCAUCGACGGCACCGGUAGCGUCGGCGCGGCGAUUGUGCAGUUUCUGGUGGGGUACCUCGCCGGCUGCCACCCCGUGGGCGAAGGGGGGACGAUGGUGUGCACGUGGGGCCCUGUGUUUGUGCUGCUCCAAGUGAGCGGGAUAUUGUCGUGUGUGUGCUUGGUACCGCUCGUGGCCAACGAACUGAAGCGGACGUGCCGACGAUAGGGUCAAAUAUAACGUGCAAAACAGUUUAAUACAGUGAAGACGUCUGGUGGA